GUGAAAGCAUAAAUUUUCAAAAAUUGAUUUUUGAUUUGUCUUUCAAAAAUAAUAAUAAAUUUUAAUAAGCAAAAGAAGGAGACAAUAAAAUACAUCGAAAUAUGAUAUCACACACUGUCAGAUAUUUCAAAUUAAUGUACAUUGUUGGCGGAAUUCUUGUUAGCAAUAAGGAAAUCUGUGAGACGGUGGAUCAGAUUGAAAUCGCUACACGUGUACAAGUUCGGAACAAAUUAAUACCGUUACCUCCUCCUCCUCCUCCGAAAAAAUCGCAGCAUCCGAAGUCAAUCAUUAAAGGAAAACUUAAAGUCCCCAUCACACACUGUUGGUCGCCCAAUUUCGAUUUGUUUAACAUCUUGAAUGGAAUAAAAAGUCGCUUGUCCUCCUACUGUACAAUCAAUAUAUGGUCUCUUCCAGAAUACGUGCUCGAGUGUUUAAUAAAUUUUUUAUGUACAAAAGUUAUGAUAAAUAGUGACUGUGAUAUGAUAUAUAAAUGA